AUGUCGACGGCACAUCAUCGUGCCUUAAAUUCGGUUGUAAACAGUUAUCACCCAGUUGCGACAGGGGACUUUGGUGGUGUCGUGGCUCCCUUUGUUCAAAUCCUGGAUGAGUCGAUGUGUGUAAUCCGUGAAGACAUCUGCGAUUGGCUCCAGCGCUACCUUUUCAGUGAAGCCAACGUUCCUCCUCUGGACGACGCCUGCGAUUUAUUGGAGCGCUUGAAAUCCGGUGUCUGGCUAGCUCGUCUCGCUUACAAGCUACACUUCAAGGUUCUUGCAGCGAAUCUUCCACGGUGCCCGCGUGGUGUUCAAGUCACUUCAAGGGAGCACAAACUGUACGCCAGUCUUCGUGGAACCGGUCCCAGCAACGCCCUGGGCCAACUGACAGCAGAAAAUUUGCCACCUUUUUCUCGACCUCUCCAGUUAGCCGCAGAAGCCCAACUUUCUAACUCGGAUGUGACCACCAAGGUCCCUUCUCAGACUAUUUCAGAUCGGUACUCAACGGUAGACGUAGGGGCGCGGCUCCGCAUACAGUGGACUGCAAGGGGAAAUAUAUCUGCGUUUCUCGAAUGGUGUCGCGAUUUGGGGAUUUCUCAAACCGUUCUCUUUGAGACCACUGGACUAGGUGUGUCUCAAUUGCCGCUUAUUAUUUUUUUGCAUUUUCCAAACUUGCUCGGCCGUAGUCAAACAGUCAUUCUCCUCGACCGCUGCGCCAUUUGA